GCAGUAGCAGCGCUGGAGUCCACCGAGCGACAUCGCCGAGCGUCCUGGUGUCUCGGCCGCUGUGUCUGACCCCUGCCGCGUCGGUUUUCCCGCUCUACCGCCCAAUAUGCUCGCCAAUAAGCGCCCACGACGCGCUACCGCGGCCGAAGACUCGCUGGAUCCGCGCGUCAUGACCGAACGCCAGCAACUAGCCUUCCUGCUGCGUGCCACGGCUCCAUCCGACGCCUCAAGCAGCUCCAGUGACUCUGAUUCCUCCAGUGACAGCGAGGACGAUGAACCACCGCGUCGACGACGCCCAACCAAGCGUAGUAAGACGCGCACCACCCGUGGGGGUGGGAAGACGUCGCCGAGGGUGACAGACGCGCCUCCCGUGAUUUAUUGCGGUCGUGGACGACCGCCCAAGAACUCCAUCAAGUUACCCAAGAAUAUGACGCAUCCGCACGGCCGUCCGCACGUGAGGAUGUCGCCUAGGAGCCAUAAUACGCGAUCCGGAGAUACCGCGAUCGCGGCCGCUAUCGCUGCAAGUUUAAAAGCGGAUAAGUUGACGGCCAAUCGAGCGCUCAAGGCCGAGAGAAAAGAAAUAAAUGUAUCGGUGAAGCAGGAGAAGACCAGUCCAUCGAGUGCCAGUGAUGUGGCCAUGUUGAACAGCACGACCGCAGCUCCGUUCUGUGCGCUAUGCUGCGACCUGGAGCCGUUUUGCGACGCGCCACUAUUCCUGUGCCCAGCGUGCGAUCAGAAGUACCCGACCCAGAAAGCGCUCGGCCGUGUCUGUAUGACAUAGUCUGCAGAAUUCAUGAAGAGAGAGAGAAGAGCCGGCGAGAGACGUGGAAAUAAAACAACAGCAGUGAAGAUCGAGAAAAGUGAUGCCGGUGCAGGCGCAAACGUGGGGACCAGUGGCGAGGCU